AAGCGAAUUUCAAAGGGGCAAGACGGCAAGACCCCUCACCAGCAGCUCCAUCACAAGUCGACAAAACCAGCUCCCACAACUCAACACCAAUUUUGAGCCACAUAAAGCAAGUGUACUGUAACAGGACCACCAUGGCAAAGCAAUCUACUCGAAAGCCCAGCAAGAGAAAGUUGGCCACACUAGCCAGCGAGAUCAGUCCUCCACCGGAUGUGGAAGAGGGAAUGCCAGUGGAAGAGCACCAAGACGAACCCGAAGACGAGGCCACAAAGGGAUUGACAGCCGAAGAACGACGCGAACGGGAUGAAAUUGUCCCCUAUUUACUCCAGCAUGCCUAUCAUUUGCCAGGCAACAAUUUGAUGCAAGACUGGUGGCAGUAUCAAACCAACAAUCAUCCCGUGUUUGGCAUUUGUUUGCAUCACAAGUACCAUCCGCUGAGUUGGAAGAUUCGGGCCAUUAGUCUCUUUGGCAGCAUGUUGUUUGGAUUGGCCAUGACGAGUAUUGUCUACUGUGCCUUUGUCUUUGUGGAUCAAGACUCGGAUCAGGCACUGCUGCAAGUCACUGCCAAUUUCACAGUGGGGAAUAGUGACUUGGACAGUGCUAUAUCCCAGGUCUCGGUCACCACUGGGAAUUUGGUGUUGUGGUUCUUGGGAGCACCAAUCCACGGACUCUACGACAGUUUUGCAUGGCUACUUGCGGGAUGUGCCUGUAUUCAAUUCACACACGCCGACAGCAAAGCCGCCAAUAUUUGUCGCAAAUCAGGGGCCUUCCUGACGACUCUCAUUGUCAUUGUCAUUAUGGCGGUGACCUCCUUUGCAGUCAUGCUGCGAGCGGCUUUGGAUUCCAGCAAUACCACCAUUGAGUUUGACUUUAGUCCACUUUUCAAUGACACCAAUGGCACCAACUACACUUCUCCCAUAAUGGCUGAAUUCUUGGAGGAGCUCGGCAUCAACGCCACCGGCAACUUCACUGACGGAGAUGCUCCCAUUAUGGCGGCCAGUGAUGUUCCCAAUAUUUUGGAAUCACACAUUCUUGUCCAAGAACAGUUGGAAUCACUCUACAAGGACCAGAAUUUUGAAGAUUACCUCUUUGUGGUCAGCUACUUUGUCGAGCUGGUCCUCACCUACAUCAUUUACUAUCCCAUUUUCGGAACAAUCAUGUUCAGCGGUAUCUUGUCCAAAUGCUGUGGCUGCUAUCCUUCCUUGCUGGGAGGACGGCCUUAUGAAAUGAAGCAGCUGGAACUGGCCAAGCAAUUGGACGAAGAAGGCAUGGAAAAGGGAGAUGUAGAAGUGGAAUACCAAAAGUCACCCGACAACGACACGGAGGAGCCAAAACAAUCCACCAAACCCAAAAAGCCCAAAUCACAAUCUAGCACAAAGACCAAUGCAACUGCCAAAUCAAAAACAAAAGCUGUCAACAACGCAAAAGCAGCAUCCGACACAAAACCCGGUGUCGUCACAAGGGCAAGCACCAACAAGAAGGAUCCCAGCAGCACCACAACCAACAAUCCAAAAUACAGCACGAGCACCACAAAAAAGAAGUCCAACAACACCAAAGCGAGCACCAAAAAGCCAAAAGCCAGCACAAAAUCCAUCGACUAGCCAGCUACCAGCUAGUACCGGGAGGAAUUCCCGUCAGGUCGGGCAUCCCAUCCGAAAAUAUGGUCGUUGGAACGUGCAGCACGACGCCCCAGAACUGCGUCGCUCGAAGCCGCUGGACAGAAGCGGAUUGGCUUUUCGAGGGUUCGUCCAAGUUCAUCCUGUCUACCCGGCCGGUACUAGACUAGACAUUACCACGGUAAAAUAGAUCAAACAGAAUCGAAUCUUUUGGCUCA